AUGAACCACGACUUGAGCCUUUCUCAGUCCCUGGGUGGCUUGCGCAUUGCCAAUCCGGACGAUACCUCCACUUCCACGUCCACGGCAUCUGCGCACGAUUUCUCGACUGAUGCCAGGGCAGGAUAUUCUACUGUCCCUUACACGCGCGCUGGAGACACGCAACUUCAACUACAGCCACAAGAACAACCACAACCCCCAUCCUCCCCCGUUCACAUCUCUAGAGAGUCUCGCGCUUCCACGGAGCCCCAGUCUCAAUCUCGGAGACAUUCGAUAUUCAAUAUUCUCCGUCGUGGAGAGCCAGCCGCGGACCUCCCUCCAUCAUCACGAACGCCACCCCAGAACUCUGAUCACAAGAAUCAACAACGAUCAGACUCAAAUAGCAGUGGGUCUUUGAAGGCACAAGCCGACGCUGGUGCACGAGCCGCAGCUGUCAAGGCCUAUCGGCAAUCCAUGCCUUUGAAUCACCAAGCCCAACAACAAGCGCAAUUUCCUCCUUAUCAAUCGAAUGCGAUGCAGAACGGCAGAGGACCAUAUCCUCCUCCCGGAUCUUCUCGUCCUAUUUCUGGCGUCUACUCCGCCCAACCUCCCCCUAACGCGAUUCCCUCCCGUGAACACGGCUCCUACCGCUUGCGAAACGAAUCUUCGAGAUCAUCCAUAUUAGGAAUGCCAACUAGGAGCGAUUCGAGAGGUGGUACAGCGAUGCAGGCGAUGCAGGCUGGCGUUCCGUCCAGGGAACCAAGUCACAGAGACCGGUCAUAUGGCCAGAACCAUCAACUUCCGUCAGGUAACGGGCCCUUGCCACCGAGAAGAAGCUCUAGGGGAACGGCAUCUGGUCAUACCGACGCUAUGGGCUCUGGCCGUUCAAGUGGCGGCUCCGCGACGUACGAUUCAGAGGGAAUUCUGGUCCCCGUCAAUAAUGAAGCCAGAAAAGACAAUGGUGCUACACUUGGGGCACAUGAGGAGUACGAUGCUAGCGGAGCAGUGGUAGCAAAGCAGGCAAAGAAGGGUGUGAGAGAUUUUGUCUUCGGCCGCACUCUGGGCGAAGGAUCGUAUAGUACGGUUCUCCUAGCCACAGACAGGCAAACCUUGAAAGAAUAUGCCGUGAAGAUCCUAGAUAAAAAGCACAUCAUCAAGGAGAAGAAGAUCAAAUAUGUCAAUAUCGAGAAGGACACGCUCAAUCGGCUGAUUGAGCAUCCGGGGAUCGUUCGACUAUACUACACCUUCCAAGACGCCUCGUCACUCUAUUACGUGCUGGACAUUGCUAGUGGGGGGGAGCUCUUGGGAGUCCUAAAGAAAAUCGGGUCAUUCGAUGAAGAGUGCACCAGGUUUUAUGGCGCACAGAUACUUGAUGCCAUAGAGCAUAUGCACAACAGAGGGGUAAUACAUCGGGAUCUUAAGCCGGAGAACGUAUUACUAGACGACCAGAUGCAUAUCAAGAUCACCGAUUUUGGAACGGCAAAGCUACUCCCAGAUCCAAGAACAGCAAGGGAUCCAUCAUCGUAUGAUCCUGCCGGUGGUGAAGAGGAGUCGACGCGAGCACGAUCCUUUGUCGGCACUGCCGAGUACGUCAGUCCCGAAUUGCUUACGGACAAGAAUGCAUGUAAGGCCAGUGAUCUGUGGGCGUUUGGUUGCAUUAUAUACCAGCUUUUGGCUGGGCGGCCUCCUUUCAAGGCAGUAAACGAGUAUCAAACCUUUCAGAAGAUCGUUGGUCUGGAAUACGAUUUCCCACCGGGAUUUCCACCAGCAGCAAGGGACUUGGUUGAACGACUUCUGGUCCUAGACCCGCAGAGGAGAUUGACUCUCGAACAUAUAAAGAACCACGAAUUCUUCGAUGGGAUCAUCUGGGGUCGAGGACUUUGGAGGCAGAAGGCACCGAGAUUGAAGCCUUAUAUCCCUCCUCCACAGGAACCUACCCUAAUCAAGCUCAAUGGAUAUUCGAGCGCACCUCAACCGAUCGCUACGACCCGUGGACAACAGCCUCCUACCAGUUCAAAUGGUAACCCUCGACCACAACCCCGGGUGAUCACCGAGCUUCCGCCUCCUACCCAACUUGAUAUUGAAUGGUCUCCAGUUCUCACGCGGGACAACGAGCGGAUACUCAAGCUAGGGAAUCUUAAUGUGCUAUCCACCCCAAUGCCUCACAGCCCAUCUUCGAAACACGGUGACCAUGGCGAAGGUCAUGAGAAGAAAAAGUUCUCUAGGUUCUUUGGUGGUGGAAAUACCUCCAAGAAAAGGCCAAGGCUAGUAAUGAUUACCUCCAGCGCCAGAAUCCUCAUGCUUCCUCCAGGCGGUGAUGAGAAACGGACAAAGGCCGAGAUAUCACUCCUAGCGUCAGAAUGUUCCUGGCGGACACAAGUAGAUGCUAAGGGCCAAGAGGUGUGGGUUGUGGACACACGGAGUACGCAAUACACAUUUGAGGAUACGAAGUCAUCUGUCAUUACAGGUGACCCGUCCAAGAGUUCGGCCCAGGAGUGGAUUGAAUCCCUCGAGCGUGCCAAAGAUAUGGCUCUUUCCCACAGCAUGGUUGGGUCAUAUUCUAGUGAUACCGGCUUCGAUAUGUCUUCUUCUACAACAAGUCCUAACAGCACCUUGCAUGGAAAUAUGAACUAUCCUGAAGGAUUCAGCGUCACAGACCGGGCAGGAAGACAUCAUUUAACCAAAAGUCAGGCCAGCCUUGGAGUUGACGAGCAGAUUGAGAAGCCGACGAACAAGAAGCAUCGGUUUAGCAAGCGACAGUCUAAGACUGGUCUGUCUACUCCAUUUUAA